AUGGCUGUUCAAAACUCUCUCCAAAUAACUAGAAGUGGUACCGGUGAUUAUGAUGAUGAUGGGCAUGCCAAGAGGACUGGAACUGUAUGGAGUGCUGUGGCUCAUAUAAUCACAGCGAUUAUUGGUGCUGGUGUUCUGUCUCUGGCAUGGAGUACUUCCCAAUUGGGAUGGAUUGCAGGACCAGUUUUCUUGCUUUUUUGUGCAAUGGUCACGUGUAUUUCUUCAUUCCUUCUUUCCGAUUGUUACAGAACUCUAGAUCCUGUAACUGGGAAAAGAAACUACACUUACAUGGAUGCUGUUAGAAUCUAUCUUGGAAAUAGAAGGAAAUGGUUGGCUGGUUUCCUUCAAUAUUUGAGCUUGUAUGGGGUUAGUACUGCUUAUGUAAUUACCACAGCAACCUGUCUGAGAGCGAUACUGAAAUCAAAUUGUUAUCACAAGGAAGGGCAUCAGGCUACUUGUAAAUAUGGGGAUACAGUAUACAUGAUGCUGUUUGGACUAGUUCAGAUCAUAAUGUCAUUCAUACCAGAUCUCCACAACAUGUCAUGGGUUUCAAUUGUUGCGGCCAUAAUGUCCUUUACAUAUUCAACUAUUGGACUUGGACUUGGCAUCACAACAGUAAUAGAAAAUGGAAGAAUUAUGGGGAGUUUAACAGGAGUACCGGCUGCAAAUAUUGCUGACAAGUUAUGGUUAGUCUUCCAAGCAAUUGGUGAUAUUGCCUUUGCCUAUCCAUACACAGUCAUCCUCCUUGAGAUACAGGACACUCUAGAGUCUCCUCCACCAGAAAACAAGACCAUGAAAAAGGCCUCCAUAAUUGCUAUCCUCCUUACAACAUUCUUCUACCUCUGUUGUGGAUGCUUUGGAUAUGCAGCUUUUGGAAAUCAGACACCAGGGAACCUCUUGACAGGGUUUGGGUUUUAUGAGCCUUACUGGCUCAUUGACUUUGCCAACGCUUGCAUUGUUCUUCACUUGGUAGGAGGAUAUCAGAUUUUCUGUCAGCCGAUAUAUGGUGCCGUUGACAGAUGGUGUUCAAAAAAAUACCCCAACAAUGGCUUUGUGAAUAAUUUCUACCAAUUGAAACUGCCUUGGUUGCCAGCUUUUCAGCUAAACUUGUUCAGGAUAUGCUUUAGAACAGCCUAUGUGAUUUCCACAACUGGACUUGCGAUCCUAUUUCCUUACUUUAAUCAAGUUCUAGGAGUGCUAGGAGCCUUGGGCUUUUGGCCAUUGGCUAUAUAUUUCCCGGUAGAGAUGUACUUUGUGCAGAGGAAAAUUGAAGCUUGGUCUAGAAAAUGGAUUGUCUUUAGAACUUUCAGCUUUAUUUGCUUUCUUGUGUCACUACUGGGUCUCGUUGGAUCCCUUGAAGGAAUCAUAAGCGCGAAACUAAGCUAA